AUGAAUACUGAGGAUUGCAUCAAGUAUUGCGCUCAAACCUGGUCCGAAGGAGGAUUUGCUCUUGAAGGCCUUAAAGGCAUCAUUCGCAUUCCAAACCUUUCACACGGUUACGACGAUCACUAUUUUGAUAAUGGCCUUGUCUACCAAGCCCUUCAUUACAUGGCUGACUGGGUCAAGGCUCAGAACCUCAAGGGAUGCAAGGUCACAACAUUCGAAGAGAAGAAUGUUGAACCACUCCUUAUGGUCGAAAUCGAAUCAACAGCUGACCACGAUGUUCCAGCCGUUCUCACAUACGGACACCUCGACAAGAUGCCACACCUUGACCCAGCUGGCUGGUCCGAAGGCCUUGGCCCAACAAAUCCAGUCGUUCGCGGCAACAAGAUCUACGGCCGUGGCACGAACGAUGACUGCUACGAAGGCUUCCUCGUCAUCACAGCCAUCAAGUACCUUCAGGAGCACAAUAUUCCACAUCCAAGAAUUGUCAUGCUCAUGGAAACAGGCGAAGAGUCCGGCGAUGACGAAAUCAUGAACUACCUUCCAAAGCUUAAACCAACCAUCGGCGAUGUUGGCGUUAUCAUGGUCAUUGAUGCAGAAGCCGAAGAUUACAAGACACUCUGGUGCUGCAAGUCACUUCGUGGUGUCGCCAUGGGUGUUCUCGAGGUCCAGCACCUCGCUACACCAUGCCACUCAGGUAUGGCUACAGGCUUAGUCCCAGAUACCUUCCGUAUCGCCAGAAUGCUCGUCUCUCGUAUCGAAGACGAACAGACAGGUGAGAUCAAGCUCAAGGAAGCUCAUAUCGAUAUCCCACAGUCACGUAUCGACCAGUGCAACGAGAUUGCCAAGCAAUUAGGCGAAGCAUGCGUCGAAAUCGUCCAACCAGUCAAGGGCGCUCAGCUCCUCUCUACAGAUUUGGGCCAGUUGCUUGUCAACAAGGCUUUCAAGCCAGGUCUUGCUGUUACAGGCCAAUCUGGACUUCCAAUCAUCUCAGAAGGCUCAAACGUCAUCCGUACAUCUACAGGCCUCAAGCUCUCCCUCCGUCUUCCACCAGGCGUCGAUGCUGAAACAGCUCUCGCCGCAAUGGAGAAGGAACUUACACGCGACCCACCAUACGGCGCUAAGGUCACAUUCAAGUCACUCGGCGCUGGCAACGGCUGGUUCGGCGAAGAUUUCGAGCCAAAGGUCGGAUCUGCCCUCGAAGGCGCAUCUCAGGAUGUCUUCGGCCAGAAACCACUCUACUACGGAGAAGGUGGCUCUAUCCCACUUUGCAACACUCUCCAGGGUCUUUGGCCAAAGGCUCAGAUCAUUGUUACUGGUGCUGCAGGAACAGACUCGAAUCCACACGGUUUCGAUGAGUCCCUCAACAUCGAAUACACAGGCAAGUUCUGCGCUGUCUUCACUAAGUUCCUUGGUGAAAUCAGCAAGUAA